AUAUGGAUGCUGUGCUCUCAUGACAUCCAAAGCACUUCUUCCAAAUAAAACAUGCACAGCCUUAAUGGGAAAUAGGGUCUUGGACAAGCUGAGGUUUUGCCCUGAGCCAAUUGAAGCUUAGUUAGAACUCACAAUGAAAAGAUAUAUAUGGUUUAAAUGAAAUCUAAAGUAUUAAAUUCCAAUGUAGAUUUGCUGUUUUCUAGAAUGCUAGAAGAUGACCUAAAGUUGAGCAGUGAUGAAGAAGAGAGUGACCAGCAGGCAGCACAGAAAUCUACUCUCCGGGUUCUAUCUGACAGCAGCCCUGCUAACCAGCAGUCCAGUUGUAGAAUUUUGGGUGUCUCUAACAAGGGUUCAAGCAGCAGUUCAAGUGAAUCGGACAGCAGUUCUGAAUCUGAUUCAGAGACUGAAAGCAGUUCCACAGAAAGUGACUGCAACAAGCAAUCACAUUGUUCCAGCCCAGAGCCUGAACAGUCGUCUCCUAACAAGUGGCAAUUGGAUAAAUGGUUAAAUAAGGUUAAUCCUCAUAAAGCUUCUGCUUUGAACCAAAAUGGAUUGGAGGUCUUUCAGUAUUACAGCAAACUAAAAGAAGAAAGGCAAGACAAUAAAAAUGUAUCUCCUGUUGGACAAGCCAGUUUCCAGGAAAAAGCUAUUAAGAAUCUUAGUAAAGAAGAACUGAGAUCUAGGACAACUAACUUACCCCCAGGACACAAGGGAAGAAAGCAAAAAACGCUUCUUUCUGCUGCCUCAAAAUCAGUAUCUAAAAAACAGCCAAGGAGGACAGAGAGUAGCCUGGCUGGUGAUAACUUAAACAACCAUGCAGCUGACAAUCUUGAUUUGAACCAAAUUCAUUUAGCGAAUAAUAACAUUUGUAAUCAGCCCAAGACUAGGCCUUGCAGCAGCAACAUUGAACAACAAAAAGAACCACAGUCUGUGACUGCCGUGGAAAAGAGACGCACAAGAGGUUCAGGGAAAACAGCACCGAAGUCCAAGGAAUUUAUUGAGACAGAAUCUUCAUCUUCAACUUCAUCUGACACAGAGUCCCAGUCCGAACAAGAGGAGUGUCCUUCACACAAACUACAGACCGUAGCCUCAGCAUCAGCUGGAAGUGACCAGAAACAAAAGAAUUCAAGCAAUAAUAAUGGUCACAAAAAAACCAAUAAUUGUGGUGCCUUUGGUUCCAUCAACACCAGAACUAGCAAUGAUAUAGCGAAAGAGCUGGAAGAACAGUUCUACACACUGGUUCCUUUUGGCAGGAAUGAGCUUUUGUCUCCUCUAAAAGAUACUGAUGAUGUCAAAGCACUUUGGGUCAAAAUUGAUUUGACUCUGCUCUCCAGAAUCCCACGGCAAUUACCUGAGGAGCCACUGAUCAUGAACACAGGAGUUAAAGAAGCCAUUCAAAUGCAAUAUAACAUUGCUGCUGACCUGCCAGCAGAAAAAGUGAUUCCUAAAUCCAGAAGAAAACGAAAGUAUGAAAAUGAGGAAGAAAACAGAGAGACUAAGAAGAUUCACACUGAACAAAAAUGUUCCUCCAAUUUACUUCCUUCCGCCCAAGUUAUUUCUUCACCAAAUCAUUACAAAACCAUUAAAAAAAGUUUGGCAACACCAAUAAAUAAAAAUGAGAAUAUGCUUCAGUCACCUAGUUCUCCCUUCUCUGAUGCAUCAAAGUAUAAAUUCUGUAAUGAUGAUUUAACUUCUAGCAAAACAAAUGGCAGCAACCCUUCGUCUUCCACAUCCUCAAGUAGAAAGCACAAGAAUGAGAUUAGAACUUAUCUAUAUCCUGGAGAUUUCAGUAAAGCCAUGUAUAUCAGUUCAGAAAAUACUCUGUUCUGCAACAGGACACAGUGCCAAAAAGAAUCAUGGUCAUCUAUACUGACUGUGCCCAAAAUCUGUAGGAAAUCAAAACUUAUAGUUAAUAAUGGAUUGCACAAUUUAGAUUAUUUUAUGCAGGAAGCUAAAAGAAAAAAGCAUAAAGCAGAUGCAAUGGUGGAAAAAUUUGGCAAGGCACUAAAUUAUGCUGAAGCUGCAUUAUCAUUUAUUGAGUGUGGAAAUGCCAUGGAACAAGGACCCCUGGAAUCAAAGUCCCCAUACACAAUGUACGCAGAAACUGUGGAGCUUAUCAGGUGCGUUUCUGACAAUACCCCAACAAUUGACUGGCUCUUGUGCUCAUACAGAAUACAGAUGUGUUUUCUAUCCUUUCCUUAUAGUUACCGCUGUUUGGCACUUUUGUACUGGAGAAUGUUUCAGCUCAAAAGAGACCAUGCUGUAAAAUAUUCAAAAGCUCUCAUUGAGUAUUUCAAGAAUUCAUCUAAAGUUUCUCAGGCACCAUCUACCUGGAGUGGUAGUGUGAAGUGUACAGGAACUCUUUCUCCCAUAUCACCCAGUUUGUCUCCGCUGAGCUCAGUUGGGAGCACUGGAGCUCCUUCCCCUUCCUCCAUCAUCAGCAUUCCUCAGAGAAUACACCAGAUGGCAGCCAACCAUGUUAGUAUCACCAACAGCAUCUUACACAGUUAUGACUACUGGGACAUGGCUGACAAUCUUGGCAAGGAAAACCAAGAUUUCUUUAAUGAUUUGGAUGCACUGAUGGGAGCUAUCACAUUGCACAGCUCUAUGGAGCAUCUGGUUCAGUAUACACAUCAAGGCCUUGACUGGAUAAGGUGUAGUGCUCAGUUAUCCCCAUGAUGGUUCUUCUCGUCUGGACACUAAGCUCACAAUACAGAUAAUUAGUUAUUCUAGACACUGUGCUACAGAAAUACUCAACUGCAGCAUUGCUUCAAACACAAUGUGAAUAUUUUGUUAACAUUGGACAAUAUUGUUUCAGAAAGCAAAAAUAGGUCUGGGUAUUAUGCAAAUUUGUCUUUUCCAGGCCAUUGUUCUUUUAAUUAUCUCCAAAUAUCACUUCCUCAGCAAGAAAAUUAAGCAUAGCUACAUUAGAAAAAACUCUCACACAUACAAUAUACACAUUCCUUCAAUAUUUAGAAAACCAAAGCUUAAUUUUAUGGAUUGAUUUAUUCAAAUGUAGUACCUGUUGUUAGCAAUCUCUUAGAGCAAUUUUUCCUCCAUAUUUAUAGAUCUCUAUGUCACUUUUGUAAAGAGAGACUUAAUGAAUGAUUAAGGACAGCUUCAGUGACAAAUUCUGAGUAAAAUAAAAUAAAAUGUAAAGUACACAUUACAUUUUAAAAGGAACUUGUGGCCAUUGACUUUGCCAGGCAAUACUUGGAUGCCAGUUUGCUUGCAAACUUGACUCACCUUCUUCCUAUUGCAUUAUUAAGUAGUAACCUUGAAAUUGGGAGCAUUAGCAGUUUUGGAGUUCUAGUGUUCAAAUAUGCAUUUUUUACAGAUUUGUUUGACAUACGAUAUCAGAAAAAUGCAACAUUGAAAUACUAAAUAUGUCUGCAACAAUUAUCCUUGUUAGUGAAACAGUAUGUAGAGCAUCAGUCUUCCAGAUUAAAAUUCUGUGGCACCAUUGGCAGCCUGAUCAAACUACAAGCCCCCCCCCCUCCAUCCAUACUUGUGAGUUCUUCAUGAUGGACCCAAAUACACAGAGAAGAACUGCGACCUUUUGUGCUCUUAAACAGUUCAGCUCUUAAAAAUGUUCAGUAUUUGUUCUUCAAAUCUUGUUUUUUAUAAAGCCAGAUUUACACUUUUGCAAAUAGUUUAUUAAGCAAAAAACGUAUUUUUAAAGAGUAAAGAAGGGUGGAGUGAAUACAUAUAUCAGAACAAAACUUUGUGAAAGUGUUAAUUUUUAUGUGGAAGAGCAUUUCAAGGCCAGCUGUAGCUGAUUCCACCCAAUUUCAAAGCAAAGGAGCAUUUUAAUAUACAGUUUAAAAUAACAGCUUACUUGUAAUAUGUUCCCCUUUAUUGUAUCUAUUGUAUUACAUUCAGUUCUUCUAUCUUUGCAGAAAACUGCUUUACUAUCAUGCUCUGAUGCAUCAAGAAGGGCUCCAUUAGACUGGUUCAUCUGAGGCACCCGAUGGAUCCAUUUGGUUUCCAGAAAGUGCUGGAGAAUUCUCUGAAUCUUUGGUGGACAGGUCAUUCAAGCUUUGGUCCCUUCCUGGAAUGAGCGUAGAUUGCACCGGAAAGCCACUUGGUACACACCAGGGGUGGUAUACACUUACCUUCCCUACCGAUUAGCAAAUGUGAGCGCAUGUACCACCUCUGCUCGUGUGCAGAUCCUUUUGCACAUGCACUUUUGGUGAAAAAAGGGCCUAAAUGGGAUGCCAUAGAGCCAAACACAGGUGGGCGGAGCUACCCACGAUUUUAGCUACUGGUUAGGGCGACCCGGUCCGAACCAGUAAAAUACCACCUCUGGUACACACUGAUCUAGGUGGAGAAAAACAAAGAAUAGGUCCAAUCAAACACUUUUAAAAGCCUAUGUUAGAAUUUAGGUCAUGCACUAAGGGUGGCAAAAUGUAAUUAUUUUUCUGCACAAUGCAUCUGCAGAAUGUAGUUUAGCAGUCUUUUGUAGAAUGAUUAUGUAAUUUUCUAUUAAGUGAAAGAAAGGCAUUCAGAAUAUUUCUGGGACGGUCCUUCUUUUGUUUUCUAGUAAGUAAUCAGUAAAAUUUUACAAAUUUAGCUCACUCUGUGACGUAGCUGUACAAUUUUGUCACCUUGCCAUAAGUGCAAUGUUUGUAUAGCUGUGCUAGUCCAGUAGAAUGGCAUUCCUACUAAGGUUUGAAUGGUUUAAAACCCCAUUGGGCUUCUGUAAUCUGUGAAAAUUCAACUUUUCAGAAUUCACUGGUAGUCUUUCCUGAUUGUUUAAUCCUGUAGAAUUGGUUAUUUUCCCUGACAUAUGAUCAGGCAGCCUUAUGAUCUGUUUUGUUACUUUAUUGCUGUUUUAUGGUUCUUUCAACCUUAGCAUUAUAAAGCCAUUUUCUGUGAUUGAAGGGAUCAAAGGUAUAUAAUUCAGGAUCCUCUGUUAAAAGAGGCUCAUAGCAGAUUUCUACGCUGGGUUCCUAAAAUGCCAAGUUCUGGAAUAAUUGAGUAAAUUAAGUGCUCAUUAUUGGAAACUAUAGAAAGAAUUGCCAUUAAUUUAUAUAACUAGUGUAAUAUCAUAUAUCUUAGAUUAUAGAUAAGUUAUGUUUAAAAAGAAUAAACUCGAGACUAUAAUUAGGCAAAUAAACAUUUUAAAUUAUAGAAAAUUACUGCAUAUUAUUCGCCCAUUCUUGAUUUAAGAACUAAUAGAAGGGAAGAUGUAGAUUUGCAAACAGAAAAAUAAUAAUUUAUAGAGCUACUUCCUCAACAGAAUUAUCAAUAACAAGGAUUGAAAAGAACCUUAGAAGUCAUCUAGCCCAAACUUCUAUCCACUGUAGGAAGUGCAUUAUUAUAGCAUCCCAAGCCGAUGAUGUUCCAGCUUCCAAUUAAACAUUGUCAGCACAUUUAACUGUGAUGGUGAAGGAAAAGUGAGGAUAAUUGAUGUAGCCACACUGGAGGAUAGUAGAUUAGAACACAAAGAACUGAAGAAGAUAUGAAAAUAAAAAUUGAAAGAUUAUGGCAUAAAUUGGCUAAGAUGGUCCAAGUGGUAAUCGGCACACUGUGAUCAAAUCAAAUCAAACCAAAAUAGCUUGGAUGGCAUGUACAAAGUUUGCUUAUUGACAGAAUUUCCCUCUAUCAGUUGCACAAGGCCACACUCCUUGGUCCCACACUGAUAUUAUGCCGAUAAAAUACAACAUUCUAUAUUCUUGGGAUGAACUCAACGUGUACAAAGGCUAACACUAGCUAAAGAAUGAGUAGUUGUGAUAUGACAUUACUAUGCAUAUAGUAAUCAGAUAAUAUCUGCCUAUCCCAGGUCCUUGGGAAGAACUUGAUAGGUAGAUAAAAUGCUAAAUGCAGUCUAAGUAUAUAUUGACUAUGCAAUCAUUUUUAUAAAUCAAACCAACAAUAUCCUAGGACAGCCUGCUCAGACAAAUCAAAUUCAAUUGGUUUAGUUUAUUUAAUAGUAUGGUGAUAGACCAAAUACAUGAAAUUAUAAAAAGAAGAAAAAACCCACAGAUAUUCAUUGAAAGCCAAUUUGUGCCUCAACUAAGCACAAUUAAGUCCAGAAAUGUCAGAUCAGAUUUCUGGAAGAACAAUUAAGUCCAGAAAUGUCUGACUGUCAUUAUGAUAGUACAAAACUUAGCUACAAUUCUAGGGACUCCCAGUUGGAUUGUUUAGUAGGUAAUGCACAAUUGCCAUAUGAGAAUGGAUAGUUUGUAAUGAGAAAGGAGAUAAGCACUGCCUCCUCUAGGAUUAUAGACAGAGCAGUUCAGAAUUACGUGCAGUACUGUUUCAAUUGCAGAAUCUGAGUAGAUACACACAUUCUAUGGAAUGAAUGAAUACUGCUGAAGCCACCCCUGAGGCAAAACAUCCAGACUUAUCAGUAUGAAGGCCCUCAUUUGAGCCAAGGUUAUUAAAUUAUAUUUGUAGUCUGCUGCAAACUAUCCACUAUCUCAACAACUUUGAUAAAAUUCAUGUUAUAACUUUAUAUUUUUACCCUAUGAAUCUUAGUCCGUUUUUAGCACACACUUUCUCUUAAUUAGAAAGCAGACUGAGUCAUGGUUCUUUUGUUGCCAGCAUGGUUAUGGAAAACAGAAGCAACAGUUAGUUUUCUUCUAAGGCUUUGCCCAACCUUGUUCACAUCCAAGCAGCUUAAAAGUACAUUCCUUCUGUAUGGCAUUACAGUGGCAUGUUUUUAUUGUUUACAUUGAACAACGUAAUAAACUAAAAUAUGUUGUACAGUAAUUUAUGCUGUAAACUAUAUGUGUGUGUAUGUACAUUGAAAUCAUUUUCCUCCCAGUCCGCAAAGGUGCUCCAGAAAGUAACAGCAAUAUUUCUUGUAUGACGUGGACCACUCUCUUGCUUUAUUUUCCAAAAGUUGGGGAGAUAAUUCUGGGUAACUGAAAUUAAUUUGAAUAUAUAUAUGUAUAUGUAUACACACACACACCCGUAUAUGUGUGAAUAUAUUUGUGUG